GUUGAGCUGCGUUUUAGUUUGUUUUGAACCUGCUGUCUGUGCUGCAGGGUCAUUUCCCCCAGAGCUCGGUCUGACAGGAGGAAGCCCGGCAGACCUCGGCUCAGCGACACACAGAGCCAUCUGGACCUCAGGAUCUGCAUCCUGGAGGACUCUCAGACUGACGUGCUCUCGAAUACGGUGUUCAGGAAGUACCCGGUGCAGCAGGUCCGGUGUCCUCGGGGCCUGCAGGAGGCGGACUUCCUGGACCUGCUGAGGUCCACCUUCCCACAGCUCGCCGAUCAGAAACCUUUCGACGUCUUCACGUCCGACAGGAGUAGGAGACUUCAGCCUCUGAGAGCGAAGACGCUGACGCCUGAGGAGAUCUGUUGGAGCAUCAGGCUAAUGGGGUCUCGAAGAACUGCAAACUCCGCCCUCUACAUCCGCCUGAAGACAGGAGAGGAUCCUCAGAGCAGCAGUGACAACCUUCAUCCUCUGCAGAGAACAGAUGAUCCUCCGUCCGUCUCCGCCACAACGUCUGCUAAUGAAACCGACACACGCACCAGGUUAUCGUCUCCCAGAGUUCAGUCUGAGAGGAGGAAGCGUGGCAGACCUCGCAUUGGUGAAGAACCAACUCACCACCUGCUCAGAGUCUGUAUGCUGGAGGACUCCCAGUCAGACUUGCUCUCUAACAAAGUGCUGAUGAAGUCCUCGGUGCAGGAGGUCCAGUGUCCUCGGGGCCUGCAGGAGGCGGACUUCCUGGACCUGCUGAGGUCCGCCUUCCCUCAGCUGGCGGGAGACGACAAACAGUUUGACGUCUUCAAGUCGGAUCGCAGCCGGAGACUCCAUCGUGUGAAAGUGAAGACGAUGACGCCAGAGGAGAUCUUCAGGAACACCAAGUCCAGCUGCACCGACAAGACGCUCCUUUACAUCCGACUAAAGCCACAGACAGGAGAGGAGGAGGAGGAGGAGGAGGAGGAGCUUCGCCUUGUGCAGAGAAACGAUGAGGUCACCAGUGAUUCUCCGUCCUCCGCCGCUGUGCUGAUCAGAAGUGACGGAGCCGACCUCAGUGCAAGCCCCGUUCAACACGUGGAGGGUAACGGAGCGGACGUCCUGUCCAGCAGCUCAGCGUCACAACAACAGAAGGUGGGAACAAAGGAAGCUGAUGAUGGAGACGCUGCUGAGAGCCAGGUGGAGUCCAGCGAUGACGACGACAAAGAUGGAGAUGAGGCGUUAGACAAAGAUGACGACUGGAAACCCGACCCUGAGCUGGGGAAGCCGAAGAUGAGGAGGAAGCGAGGAGCCAGAGCGUCAGGUGUGGAGGGGAGGUUGAUUGGCAGUGAUAAAAUCCCCUGUAAGGUGUGUGGCGUUUGGUACAGGAUACUGGGCAGCUUGAUCAAACACGCCUGGAGCCACCUGGACGAGGCGCAGAGCGUCUGCGGCGUGUGCGGAGAGCGCUUUGAGUCCACAGAGGAGUUAAAGGGACAUCUGAAAAAAUAUCAGAAAACUCACGAGUGCUCGUACUGUAGGAAGUCUUUCUUCACCAUCACCGGCCUCAAGUGCCACACCACGCUGCACACAGGAAACAGACCGUUCAAAUGUGACGUGUGCAACAAAAGCUUCCCUCACAUGUCCGGCCUGAGUAUCCACCGCUGGGUGCACGUGGAGGAUAAACCGCACAAGUGUCACAUCUGCCCGAAGGCGUUUGGUCUGAAGGCGCAGCUGCGAGCUCACAUCAAGGUGCACACGGGGCGAGACAAGUACCACUGUAACCUCUGCAGCAAGUCUUUCUACGACCUGCGAUCUCUGACCAGCCACAAGGCCACGCACUCAGGGGAGAGGCGUUACAGCUGCGGCGUGUGCGGGAAGAGCUUCAAACUUCCUGGUACAUUAAAGUCGCAUGAGAAGACGCACACGGAGAGAGAGCGGCCGUACCUCUGCCACAUCUGCUGCAAGACCUUCAUCUCAAACUGCAGCCUAACGGCUCACAUGAAGACGCACAGCAGCGAGCGGCCGUUCAUCUGCAUCAUCUGCAGCAAAGGCUUCAUAUCCAACGGCCGGCUCAAGGGGCACAUGCUCAUGCACACGGGCGAGGCGCCGUACGGCUGCUCGGAGUGCGGCCGCUUUUUUAAACACAAGAGUCACCUGAACAACCACGUGAGGAGCCACCUGGGCAUCAAACUGUUCGUCUGCACGGUCUGCGGGAAGGCGUGCUCUCGCCAAGAACACCUGACGGUCCACAUGAGGACGCACAACGGGGAGAGACCAUACCAGUGCAGCGUCUGCGACAAAGCCUUCACUCAGAGCCACUGUCUGAAGACGCACAUGAAGAGCCACCAGGGCGAAGAGAACCCGUUCCUGAACGCAUCGUCGUCCUGAGAGACGCGUUUGAUCACAGGUGGGACGGAGGUCGAUUUAAAGGGCAAACACUGACAUCAUGUCUGAGCAACUUUAAACUCAACCAGUCGGCAACGCAAAAGUAUUUUCCAAUUUUUACAUUUUUAUGUAGAUGUUUCACAUUUCAAAACUCUGCCUUCUUUUGUUAAAUGGAAAUUAAAAACAAAAAUGUGGAAAAAUCGUCCUGUUGUUGGCACCACAAAAUGUCAAACAAUAAUCUGAGAAACGUUUUGAUAGAAAAAGAAACAAAACAAAAAAAGUGCUUAAACAGUCAAUUGAUUAACUGACAGAUCAUUUAAUUGAUUUUUACACUGAAUUUAGAAAUCAUGUCGGUAC